UUUCACCUGCACUCAGUGUCCAAAGAUUUUCUCACGCAAAUAUAAUCUUGAUGUUCACAUGAGAGUUCACACUGGAGAGAAUCCGUUCAUAUGUGAUCAAUGUGGGAAGAGUUUCACACACAAAUAUAAUCUUGAUGUUCACAUGAAGAUCCACACAAGAGAGAGACCGUACACAUGUGAUCAGUGCGGGAAGAGUUUCUCUCGAAAAAAAUACCUUGCAUUGCACAUGAACAUCCACACUGGAGAGAAACCGUACACUUGUGAUCAAUGUGGUAAGAGUUUCACACAAUCAUCAAACCUUAAGAGACACAUGAAGAUCCACACAAGAGAGAAACUGUACUCAUGUGAUCAGUGCGGGAAAACAUUUUUGUGGGCUUCAAACCUGAAGCAGCACCUGAGAGUUCAUACACAGGAGAAGCCACAUUCGUGUGAUUUGUGUGGAAAGAGUUUUUCAAAGCUACAAAUUUUAAAAGUACAUCAGAAACUUCAUACUGGUGUGGGAGAGUACAUGUGCUUUGAGUGUGAAAAGACUUUUAUUUCAGCGGCCCAUUUAAAACUGCAUGAGACGAUUCACACUGGAGAGAAACCUUACAAGUGUUCACACUGUGACAAGAGAUUCACUCAUGCAGGAAAUCUGAAAAAACAUGAGAGGAUUCACACUGGAGAGAAACCUUACAAGUGUUCACACUGUGACAAGAGAUUCAAUCAGUCUUCAUACAUGAAAAGACAUGAGAGGAUCCACACUGGAGAGAAACCGUAUCACUGCACUGCAUGUGGGAAGUGUUUCAAUCAAUCAUCUGCUCUACACAGUCAUACAAAAAACAUUCACAGUAAGUAGAUCAUCUUCAGAUCCAGCACUUUCAGAUCUGAUGCUGCAAUAAUGCUGCAAGCAACAAAAUAUCAUCUGGAUAAAUCUGUCCUAAUCAGACAUUACAAGCAACAUGACAGAAACAAGUUUUCACAGUUAAUAAAGUUCAUCUUCAUCUUCAAAAGCAGCAGAUUCAACUGAGAUUCAGAUCAACUCAAAGAUGGAGUUUCUACCCAAAGAACAAUGUCGAAAUGUUUUAUUAUUGUAUAUCAUUUUGCUUCAUGAUAUAAAUGUUAUACUUGUAAUUUUAUAUGAGUUUCAUGUUACCGUAAUUCCUCAAAUAAAAAACGGUAGUCAAAUAAACGCCGGGCCUCUUAUCGUGGCCGGGGGCGUGGUAACAUGGACAAAUUAAGGCCGGGGGGAAAUUUGUGCAGCAGAGCCAGAUAACGAACGUACACGCCCACUGCCGGAGCGUUUCUCGUUCUCGAGUCAAGAACCGGUUGCAUCGGUUUUCGGAUCACCAGUACACUGAACCGAGAAGCAUUU